AUGGAGUGCGAGGAGAUGAAGAACAAAGGGAAUGCGUCUCAUAAACGACCAAUUGUUGUCAAUGAAAGUGUAGGAAGUGAUGAUGAGUUGUCGUCCGAGAAGAAAUUGAAGACCAAUUCUCGAGAACUUGUCAAGAAUCUACUCUCAAGAGUGAUGAACGAUUCCUCUCAUCAAAAGUCAGUAUUUUUUAUUAACCUCACCCGAAGUAUUCAUGAUAUGGGCAUUGAGCCCAUCAACGUACUUGACUACACUCUCUCAUGGAUGCUAACAGAGCGCAAAUCACUCAAAGAUGAAGAGGCCGGCUUCCUACUGAAAGUGAUGAGCAAGGUAUUGCCCAGUUGCGAUGAGGACAAAGUUCGACCUUUGGUUUCUCGAAUUAUAUUAGUUGCCCAACCUUUUGUUGAAGAUGCCUCCUCUCAUUGUUGCAUCAAGGCGAGCGAGAUCAUCUACACUCUCAGCAAAAUCACGGGUUUGGAUGAAAUUGCUGUGCUGAUUCGUCUUCAAAUGAAUGACAGUAGUGAUUACGUAAGGGAUGUGGCGGUCAAAGUUAUGGGGAUCGUAGCAUCUGCACUCGGAAUUCAUGUUGUUUUUCCAUUCAUCGAAAGUUGUUGUCGAGGAAUUGAGCCAUUGCGAGUCCGUUGUGCUGCUAUAAGAAUGGUGGAGCAGUUUGCUGUGAGGAUCGGAUGCACGUUGCUGCCACAUCUUUCGUCUCUAAUUGAACUUAUGGAGUUCGGUCUCCUUCACAAGGAUUUAGAAAUUGUGCGAAUCAUGAUCACAGCUUUAUCUCUCGCUGCUCUUGCUAAAGCGGUGGCACCCUAUGGAUAUGAGCACUUUAAACCGAUAUUGCAUCGACUCUUCGAUUUCUUCAGCAGAGAUGGAGUUGGUUUUAUUCAUCGAAGAGGGAAAGUGUUGGGAGCGCUGGUGAAGCUAUUCACUUGCAUUAUUCAACUUCUAACGUAUCCAUAUCCCAGCGACAUCAAUUGGAACGUAGCGAACGGGGUAUUGCUCGUGUCGAGACUUUCGGUAGACGACGAGGAGAUGAAGGAGAUUGGAUUCGAAGCCAUCAAAAGCCUAGUUGAGAUCAAGGACGUUCCGUUAUAG